UUUUUUUGUUGGGUUUUGUCCCAAAGAUUACACCUUUUUCAAGAUUCUACCAAUGAUCCAAACUAUAUAAACUAACAUAGGCCAUCAUGAUUUGCCCAUAUAGAGCUUAUAUAUAUAUACACGUAUAUAUAUAUACACAUUAGUAUAAUCCAUGAUUCCAACGUUGGACCAUUAUGAGACCAUCCUGAAGAGAAUUCGCUUAGUCUCUCCCUCUCAACCCUCCAAAAAAUGCUCUCUUCAUCGUCUCUCCCUCACUCUCUCUUGUUCAUCGUCUCUCUCAUCCUCGGCCAUGCAAACGCGGAGCAGCAACCGAACUCUCUCCCUCCUUCUGAGUCGGAGACUCUCUUCACUAUCAUGGAGUCUAUGUCCUCCGACCAUCAAUGGCGCCUCUCCUAUCCGAACCCUUGUGCCCCUGGCUCGUCCUGGCCCGGUAUUGAGUGCAGAACCGGACCGGAUCGUGUCCUUCAUGUCUCUCGCCUCGACUUCGGUUCCCCACCUAACCCUUCUUGCAAGUCGUCUGCCUCUUUUCCUCGCCUCAUCUUCUCUCUACCUCACCUUCAAUCCGUCUUCUUCUUCGGCUGCUUCACUCGCUCGCGCGCCACCAUUGUUUCCCCCUCCAACAAGCUUUUCUUCAACUCUUCUCUGCAACAGCUCAGCCUCAGAUCAAACCCUUCUCUCACCGGAUCCAUCCCUCCUUGGAUUUCUUCCCUUACGUCGUUAAAGACCCUCACUCUGUCCCAAAACCGAUUGACAGGAAACAUCCCAUCGGCGAUUUUCACAUUAGAGAACUUAAUACACCUUGACUUGAGCUACAACAUGCUCACGGGGAUCAUUCCCCUGCAACUGGGCAAUCUCAAGAACCUCGAAGGCUUGGACUUGAGCUAUAAUUCGCUCGUGGGUUCGAUCCCUCGCACGAUUUCCGAACUGGGUUUGCUUCAGAAGCUCGAUCUGAGCUCAAACUCUCUGUUUGGCGCAAUCCCCGACGGCAUAGAGAAGCUACGUUCUCUGUCUUUCAUGGCUUUAAGCAACAACAAACUCAGAGGGCCGUUUCCGAAGGGAAUUUCCAGGUUGCAGAACUUGCAGUACUUCAUCAUGGAUGAUAAUCCGAUGUUCGUUCCUCUUCCCGCUGAAUUAGGGUUCCUCGCUGGGCUCCAAGAACUCCGUCUCUCUAACUCAGAUUAUUCCGGGAAAAUUCCAGAGAGUUACACAAAGUUGACGAAUCUAAGCUCGCUGUCUCUGUCGGGCAACAAAUUGACAGGCGAAAUCCCAUCUGGGUUUGGCUCUCUGCCUCACAUUUUCCAUCUAAAUCUCAGCAGGAACAUGCUGAUCGGAGUCGUGCCCUUCGAUUCAAGCUUCCUGAGGAGAUUGGGUAAGAACCUGGAUUUGAGCGGGAACCCAGGACUCUGUCUGAACCCGGCAGACGAGUUCAGUGUCGUGAAGACCGGCGUCGAUGUCUGCGGAAGGAAUAGUUCAGGCCGUGGUGGUGGCGAUGGGUCAUUGAUUCAUCCAUUGAAGAAAUCCAAAGCUCCUCCGAAUCAUUACGGAGCUUGCUUCCACCAUGCCUUGUCGAUUCAGCUCGCUCUGUUUCUGGGUUUAAACCAUCGCUUGCUUCUCUAAGGGGCGGAAAAACAAAUAAUUUAAUGUUAUUUAUAAAAUAUCCCUGAAGAAGAAGAUUGCUGUUUCCCAGGCCGACCGUCUCCGGGAAAUUAUUGUAGUUUUUGUUUUACUAAAUCAUGGGGGUUCUUUAA